AGAAUAACACACCGCUCUGAAUAAAUUCCGUCGUCGUUAAUAUUAGAUUUAUUAAUCGUAAUUGGACUUUAAAUUGGAGUACGGGUGUUUAUAACCUUGUUCAGAGCAUUUCCCAUUAAUUAAAACAUUCAUUGACAGAACAAAAGCAAAGCGCGCGCUCAAAAUACUGAAAAAUACGUUAAGCCGCCGUUUAGACUAAUACCAUAGCAAUUCUGUUGACGUUAAUAUUAACUAUAUUAAUCAUCAUUGAUGAAAUUGCAUUUGUAAUCGCGCCUGAAAUAGGUCGUCGUUUAGACUACGUUGAUGAUCAUUUUAGUGUCAUAUUUUGGACCUCCAGCCUCUCGCUUCUGCUAUCAAAUUAUACAUCAGCAGCUUUAUGACCCGCAGACAUAAAACAAGUCAAUAAAACACACACGCUCGUCGAUUACAUCACAAUCUAUGUUGUGUAAUGACGCAGGUGAUGUGGAAAUAUGUGCUUCAGGUGUUUUGGUGCUGCAGACCGUCCAAGUUGGCCAGAGGUGAGGUGACCUGCUGCCACCGGCCCUAAUAAGAGCUGGACAAUACUGACCACUGCAACACUUGAGGAUCCAUCAUGGACCAGAACUGCCCACCGACGGACGGGCACCGGAAGAACAGGAGCGGGUUCGGCUCGGUGGAGGUGCAGAUGUGCCAGUCCAUCCUGCCCUGCCAUGCCAACCAUCAGGGCGAGCUGGGCGCCGGGCAGCUGCUCAAGUGGAUGGACACCACCGCCUGUCUAGCAGCUGAAAGACAUGCAGGAAUGGCGUGUGUUACGGCUUCAAUGGACGAUAUCCAGUUUGAAGAGACUGUCAGGGUUGGGCAGGUCAUCAGUAUCAAAUCCAGAGUGAACAGGGCUUUCAACACCAGCAUGGAGGUGGGCAUCUAUGUAACCGUACAGGAGGUGCUCAGCGGCGUGAUGAAGAGAGUGUGUGUGGCCUUUUCUACAUUUGUUGCAAAGCCAACAGGAACACAAAAGGUGUCUCUGAAGCCGCUGGACGUUCAGGGCUCAGUAGAGGAAAUGCUGGAACAUUCUCUGGCUUCUGAAAGACGACGACUCCGUCUCUAUAAUGAAGAGGCCUUCAAUAACCUCAUGAAAGACUAUUACAACCUUCAAGACAAAGGAUUGUACAGAGGGAAACCUGUGACACCUGCAGUGUCGACUGAGCUCACACGGGUCGAGAGCAUCGAGUUGGUGCUGCCGCCACACGCUAAUCACCAUGGAAACACGUUUGGAGGGCAGAUCAUGGCCUGGAUGGAGAAUGUAGCUACAGUAGCAGCCAGUCGUCUGUGUGGCUACUAUCCUUCUCUCGGAGCUGUGGACAUGUUUCGCUUCCGAGGGCCGUCAUUUGUUGGUGACAGAUUAGUGUUCAAAGCCAUGGUCAAUAACACCUUUCAGAACAGUGUGGAGGUGGGUGUGCGGGUGGAGGCGUAUAACUGUGAGGAGUGGAAUGAGGGAACUCCGCGACACAUCAACAGCGCCUCCAUGAUGUACUACAUCCCAGAGCGGGAUGGUGAGAGACGCAUGCUUCCUGACGUCACCUACACAACACUUGAUGGAGAAAGACGCUUUAUUGGUGCUAUCGUAAGGAAGAGGAUUCGCAUGGCCAGAAAACAUAUUUUGUACUCAAGAGACGAGGGACCGGUUUCUGUGCCCUGGGACAGAAGUAAUCAGGUGUAUUUGGGGUACAACAAUGUGGCAGCUCUCACCGUGAUAGCUGGACAACGGGACUGGGAGCCCAAUAACAUCACUGAUAAGAUGGGACUCUAUGUGCACGAGGAGGCAGAUAAGCUGUGUUUAAAAGUCGAGAUGCAGGCCAAAACCACGGCUUUUCAUGCUUUCUCCAUGCUCGCCGACCUGCAGCUACGGCCACAGUGGGACAAAAACUACCUGAGCUGUGAUGAGGUGGAGAAAGCAGACGAGGAGGAGACCAUCUAUCAUGUUAAAUGUGCUACAGUUAAUGGAGGCAAAUGUCGGGAUUUUGUGUACCUGCUGUCUAAAAGGCAGCCCUGCAAAGAUGGAGACCCGUAUGUGGUAGCACUGCGGUCCGUCACGCUGGCAGCUGUCCCGCCUGAAGAGAACUGCAUUCGGAGUGAAGCCAAAUGUAUAGGAUUCCUCAUUCAGGAAACCAGUGUUUCAACCUGCAAGGUGUCCUACUACAACCAGGUGACCUCUGGAAUUCUGCCGUAUGUGGAGGGAAACUUAGCUGGCUGGUCCAGAUCUAUGGAGGAAACGGCAAUGUCCUGCAUCACGUAUCUGGAGAGAGAUGUGCUGACCACACCAUUCUAACACACAAUAAUAUCAUACCCUGCUGAAAAGGACAUCAACAACUCAUACAGUGUAAAUAAUUAUGACAAAUAAGUCAGGACUACAUCCAUAUGAGGGUAAAACUAGUAGCAUAAAUAUUUAAGGUUUAAAAGAGCCAGGACAUUUUUCAAUGUAUUUCCUAAAACGUUUUUCUUCUGAAGAAAGUCUUAUUUCUUUUAGUUCUGCAUAAAUAAAACAAUUUAAAUAAAAAUGUAAACACUAAUAGAGCUAUAUUAUUAGCUACAGUGUUUAUAUUUAUGUAGGCUAGAAAAUAAUAAUUUUUGUAAUAUUUUAAUC